GGUCCGUGUGGGCCGCGAGUGGCCGCGAGUGUCCGCGGGCUCCGGGAACGGGCUAUAGCGGGCAGGCCCCGCCGGGAAUGCCGCUGGGUGUGUCCCCCUGUGUGUCCCGGAGAGACCGCUGCUCCUGGCAGGUUCUAUGGUCUCCCGGUUGUCGCCUCUCCCGUCCCCGCUGUGCUCCCGCAGCGGCCGGUCCGAGAGGUGCUGUAAGGGAGGGCUGAAUUCCCCUUCCAGCUCUGGAUAGUUCUGCAGGAGGCAGAUGAAAGAAGAUGGCUCAUCCCAUCCCUCUCCCAUUUCCAUGCCCAGUCAAGCUUGGCAGUGUAAAAGGAGACUCCCUGGAAGCUGAACUGCAUGACUAUGUCAGGGAAGGGAACUAUGUGAAAGUGAAGAAGCUUCUGAAAAAAGGAAUUUUUGUUGAUGCUGUGAAUUCCAUGGGCCAGACCUGUCUGUUCGCUGCUGCGCUGCUGGGGCUGGGUAAAAUAGUGGAUGCGCUGCUGGAAUAUGGCUCGGAUGCCAAUCAUCGCUGCUACGACGGGAGCACCCCGGUGCACGCAGCUGCUUUUUCGGGGAGCCAGGGCAUCCUCAGCAAGCUGCUGGAUGGAGGGGGAGAGCUGAGAGUCCACGACAGAGAGGGGAGAACCCCCCAGGUGUGGGCCUUGUCAGCCAGGAAGGAAAGCAGCGCUCAGAUGCUGGAGUUCAUGCAGCAGUGCUCGCUGCACAUGCAGGCUGCCCUCUGGAACCUGCCCUCGGACCUGCUCAGGAGAGUCGGCUCCUCAAAGGCCCUGCUCUGCAGCCCCUCGAGGCUCGGUGCCCUUGUCCAAGGAAAUGCUGAGAGUCCUCUGGGUAAACUGAAAAAACUGCAAGGACAACCCAGUGUGGCCAAGAACAUUUACAGCUUUGGCUUUGGGAAGUUCCAUCUGGCAAGCAGUGGCCACCUGGGCUACCUGGCCUCCCUCCCAAUUAUUGGGGACAAAGAUGUGGUACAGGCUGAUGAUGAACCUGCAUUUUCCUACCACCUGGGGCCCUACAUGAUCAUGACCAACUUGGUGUGGGGAGGCAGCAGGGUGACGGUGAAGGAGCUGAGCUUCCAGCCCCAGCAGAGCAGCUGGAAGCUGCGCCUGGCGGAUCUCCUCCUGGCAGAGCAGGAGCACAGCAGCAAGCUCCGCCACCCUCACUUGCUGCAGCUGAUGUCUGUUUGUCUGUCCUGUGACCUGGAGAAAACUCGCUUGGUCUAUGAGAGGGUUCACUUUGGCUCUCUCUACAGCAUCCUCCAUGAAAGGCGUGCAGAAUUCCCGGUGCUGCAGACAGAGACCAUCGUGCACGUGCUGCUGCAGAUCCUCGAGGCUCUGCGCUUCCUGCACUCCCGGGGCUUCAUCCACCGCUCCCUCUCCUCCUUUGCCAUCCAGAUUGUGUCCUCAGGGGAGGGCAAGCUCUGCAACCUGGAGUACAUGAUCCAGAGCAAGGACAGUGGAGUGCACAGUGACCUGACCCGAAUUCCUGUCCCAGCCCAGCUGUUCCGCUGGAGCUCCCCUGAAAUAAUCCUGGGCAAACCUGGGACAGUCAAAUCUGAUGUUUACAGCUUCUGUGCAGUGCUGCAGGAGGCCCUGACAGAGAGCCUUCCCUGGAAAGGUGUGGAAGACUCAGCUGUUAAGCAGCUCAUCCUUUCAGGGGAGCAGCUGGAAGCAGAUGUCAGGCUCCCCCUGCUCUAUUAUGAUGUUGUCAAGUCAGGGCUGGAGCCCAAACCGAGGAACCGCUCCAUGAAGCUUCAGGAUAUUCAAUAUAUCCUGAAAAACGACCUGAAGGACUUGGUUAAAUCUGAAAGUGGAAUGCCCAAAGCACAGAGAUCUGCUGUUCUUGCAGAUGUGAACAUCUGCUGGGCAUCAGCUUUUAGAUUCCAGAAGAGAACAGUGGAAUUCCAGGAAGAAGAGAUAAGCAAGGCUGGUGGCUUUUCUGCCCCCCAGGACUCAGUUUUGCCCGGGGAGAGCAGUGCUGUGGUGGUGCAGGAGGCAGCAGCCAGUGCAGAGCCCCCUGUGCAGGACAGAAGUCUGGAAGCCUCCUCUGAACUCCGGACAGGAGCUUCUCCCUCCAGUGAGAGCGAAGUGGAUGGGAGCCUGUGCAGCUUUGAAAUGAAUGAAAUCCUGGCCAGUUACCCAGAAGGUCUCCAGGACUUCCUGGAAGGAGGACCUGGCUCAGGCCAGGCUCUGAAGGAUGCAGAAAAGCAGCAAAAGGAAGAUCAGAGCCCGUGGGAGGGUGAGGAGGACGGGGAAUCCUCAGGGUCCAGCACGGGGUUCACUGGAGAGGAGGAGGAGGAGGAGGAGGAAGAAGAGGAGGAGGAGGAAGAAGAGGAGGGGGUGAGAGAAGGCUCUGGGUUGUCCCAGAUGAGAGGAGAUGCUGGCAGGAGGCUGAGCAGCUCCUCCCAGAGCGAGCAGCACAUCAGCAAAUGCGUCCUGAACCUGAAGAUCAUGCAGAGCAUGCUGCAGCAGGCAGGGGAGUCCCUGAGCAGGACCGAGGAGAAGCUGGACAGGCUGAAGGCCAUGGCAAAGCAGAAGAGGCUGCUCCAGGAAGUCAGGAUGAAUCUGCUUCCUAAGGAAAGCUCUCAGGGAAGGCACUGGGAAGGGUCUGAUGCUCCUUCCCAAAACACCAAGAAGGCUUUUUCUGGAGGUGAUGAUUUUUUACACCAGGCUGUGGCUCCACCAUCCAGGGACUACAUUCCACCUCCAAUAACGUGUCAGGCACCAGACAGAGACAAUUUCCAGGCUGCUCCCAACAAAAGAGAGGCAAUUCAGAAUGAGAAGUGGAGGAGAGAAAUUGCAACCACCCAUCGUGAUCCGGGCUGCAGCGUGGGCCAAGGGCUGGAUGAUGAAGUGAGCCUAAACCAGGAGCAUCUCCUCCCACACGUGUCUGCAAGAUGCCAGAAGGAGUUGAACUUGCAGUGUCAGAGAGGAGCUGAUUCACACCCUGCAGCAAGGAGGGAAGAGGAGAAGUGGUGCCAUUCAAAACCAAGGGCUGAAUUCUGCAGCAAAAAAAGCAGUGAGAAGAGGAGGGUGAUGCAGUCAGGGUGGAGGACUGAAGUCAAGCAAAUGGCCAGAAGAGUGGCCUCAGGUCGGCUGGAGCUCAGCUGUCCCUACCCUGCCAGUGAAUGCACGUCUGAAAGUGAAGCAGAAAGUGUCAGGGAACACCCCCAGCAUGUCCCUGGCAGAGCCCCGAAAAUCCAGGAGCAGCAGAGGUGUGGGUGGCAGCCAGGUGAGCCCUGGGAGCUGGGCAGUGAGGACAGAACUGACUCUGGGGAGAGUGACCUGGAGCCUGCGCUCAGGACUUCCACAGGGAGGAGCUGCCAGUCCCCAGCACCAGAUGAGCAAGCAGAGUCUGGAAUAUCCAUUCCUAAGAGUUCAGUCCUUCCUCAGCAAGCUGAGAAUCUCUCUAGAGGACAUUCAAGGGAAUUGCAUUGUUCCCUUAAUUCACCUCCUGAUGUGACUGAAGAAUUCUUCACUCCUGAUUAUUUCCUUCCUCCUGCUCUUGAGGGAAGGUCAGAACCAGAGACCUCAGACGCUGAGGGCAAAGCAGAAGCUGUUUGUGCAGGAUUUUUGCAGAAAUUACCUGGAGAUGCAGCAUCAGGAAUUCAGGCUCCAGGAGGAAAAAUACUAUCCUGCAGCACAACACCACAGAGCUGUGGCAGUAACAAGCUGGGAGUGAAUCAGCUGAGCCAAAUGCCUGGAGCCAGUCUGGAUGCUGCACGAGAAGCGAUGCUGUGGGAGCCACAGGAAGAAUGCCAAGAAAAAGAUGUAUCCGUGGCAGAUAUUCAGGAUUUGUCCAGCAUCGCCUGUGAGCAGAACUUCCAGAGGGGUGUGGAGUGUAAAACGCCUCGGCUGAGCCACGCUCCCACCAGUGUCAGCACCCCCCUGGGCUCAGAGGAAAAAUUUCCAUUGGCCUUUGAGAAAUACAAACAGUGCCGUGAAUUUUCUUCAGAUUCUUCCUUUUGUGGCUCUCAAGAGACCUCCUCCACAGUGUUCCAGACUUUCACCACAGCCUGUGAAGGGGAGAGGAGCAUGGAAAUUCCAGUGGUGGCUCCAAGAGUUUGCCCAUUUGCACUGAAAGAGCCUGUUGGGUUGCCACCAGUUACUUCAUCCCUGAGGAACACCAGGCAGGCACCUGCACUCUCAGAGGCAUCUCCCCUCUCCAUUGAUGAGCUGCCUCCACCAGCCCAAGAGCUGCUGGAUGAAAUUGCUCUUGAUCAAGUUCAAAUGGAAAACAGAGGAAAAGAAUCUGAGAGAAAUGAGAAGACAAAUCAGAGUUCAUGGACUAAGGAGUCAUUUAAUCUAGCAGAGGAUACAGAAAGGGCUCACUCCAGUCUCGAUAAUAUUUUGGAAAGAAUGCUCCAUGCAGUUCCUGGAGAUGAGGAGAUCCAAGAACAACCUCAGGGACACACUCUUGGGGCUGCCAGCCUGCAGGAUCCAGAAGAUGCUGGAAGGAAGAAUGGAGUAGAGGAGAGAGGAGCCUGGGCUGGAGGCAGAGCACCAGGAAGCUGUGCAGGGACUUCAGCAGAUGAGAUCAAGGAUCAGAAAUCCCACCCCCAGCAGCAGCUGGCUUCAGGUCCACCCUUCAGGAUAAUUGUUUUGGAUGAGAGCUCUCUCCAUGAUUAAAACACAGAGUGAAUAAGUUCUACCCAUCACCUGCUUGCUGCUGCUUGCACAGUGUUUAGUCUGUGAAUUACAGCCCUUUUUGGCCACAUAAACACCUGUAAAGCUCAGACUUCAUUAACAGCAGCAGCAAGUUCAGAAGAAAAUCUAAUGCUCUGUGUUCUGAUAUGGUUUGUACUGGUUUGAUGCCAUUGUUGCAUGCCCAGGCAGUGUCAGUGUGCAGAAGUGAGCUGUUUUUUUACUGCCACAUCCUUGUGGAACUGCUUUUUAUUAUACGUGCACGUGCACAUUUUCAUAAGCUAAAGAAUUUCUUGCUCUGUUGCAUUAUGCAGUUUUCAGAUUAAAGACAAAAUGAUUGUAAUUCUGUGGGCUGCUGCUGCUGCUGAGGCACUGAAAUGUUUCCAUGCUGGAGUGUUACAGCCCAUGUAGUGUCUGUUUUUCCUUGCUCAUUAAAUUUAACAAGGUAAUUUCUUGUUUUCGGUUUACUUAGUGCUUUUGUGAUCUAGUGUUGAACUGAUUUGACUGAUUAAAGGGAUUAAUUGCUGUGCAAAAAGCUAAUGAGGAAAAGGCAGUGUUCUCCAGAGAUUGCAAGUGCAGCAAUAUGUUCCCUGCCAGCAUCAGACAAGAAUGUGAAAAAAAUGUGGUUGUUAUGAAGAUACCUGGUGUUUAAUUCAAACCACAUUUUUGGUAGUCCCUUGUCCAAAAAAACCACCAAGAUCUCUGGAUAUAAUUGACUUUUGGAUGAGAAUUUUGAUGGGCACAGCAAUUUCAUGUUUAACAGUUUUCUUGUGGUAAAUUCUGUUCAAGGUACAGGAGUGAAGGGUUGUCCUGUUCCCUGGGCUUUGAGCUGGUGUUGCACAUUUUUGGGAGUGUCAAGUUUUGCAUCUUCCUUCCUGCUUUUGCAAGGAAAUGUUCCAAUUCUGCACUUGUUAGUUUGGUUUAACAACAUGAAUAAAAGUUUCCAAUGUUA